AUGUAAAUGAAAGUUGACGUUGAAGAACGAACCUAUACAUAGAGUCCAAUGACUUAAGCCAAAAGCUCUGUGGAUAUUGUCUUUCAAGACAUAAAGUACACUAUAAAAACAAAGUAAGGAAAUAAAGAGCUUUUGAAAGGUGUCUCAGGUAUUUGCAAAAGUGGUUAAGUUACUGCUAUCUUAGGAUCUUCUGGCGCAGGAAAGACCACCUUGUUAAAUAUAUUAUCGAAAAGAAUAUCAUCAAACAAAAACUCAAUUUUAGAGGGAUAGGUCUUGGCCAAUCAUAAUCCCUAUAACUUAAAUGAAUUCGCUUAGUUUGCCACUUAUGUUAUGUAAGAUGAUAUAUUAUUAGAAAGUAUGACUGUAAAAGAAUGCUUUGAAUUUGCAGUUAAUCUUAAAAGUAAGGGUACUCAAGUAGAAAAGGAAGUAAAAGUAGCUCAAAUGUUGAAAAAACUUAGACUUGAAAGAUGCUAAAACACUUUCGUAGGAGGAUUAUUCAUCAAAGGUAUUUCUGGUGGUGAAAGAAAAAGAACUUCUAUCGGCUAUGAGCUGAUAAGUAAUCCUUCUUGUAUAUUUUUAGAUGAGCCAACAUCUGGUUUAGAUAGCUUUACAGCUUAUAGUAUCAUAAACUUGCUUAAGGCUUACGCAGUAGAGAAUAAUAAUACAGUUGUAUUUACCAUUCAUCAACCCUCUGGCGAUAUUUGGAAUAUGUUUGAUAAUGUUAUGAUGCUUGUUAAUGGUAAAUUUAUCUAUCAAGGAUAAGGUGGUAUGAAUGUAGUAAAACAUUUUUCAAGUUUUGGCUUUACUUGUCCUAUUCACUCUAAUCCAGCAGAUUACUUAAUGUCAAUUAUGCAUGGAGAAAGUGAGGUUAACAUUAACAAUUAUCCUAAAUAUUUUGAACAAUAUGAUCUUCAAUUACGAUAAAUAGUCUCUUCUGAAAUCAAUCAUUCUUAAAAAGGAGAUUUUCCUCAUAGAAUAAUACACACUUCUUUGAUUUAUCAGAUUUCAUAAAUAGCUCUGAGAUAGCUCAGAAUUCUAAAAAGAAAUCCUAUUCUCUUGAGAGCUCGUCUCGGUCAAAGUGUAAUUAUAGCUUUGUUCAUAGGUCUUAUUUAUUUAGAUAUCCCUAAACCUACUGAGCACUACACAAUAAGAGACAUAACUGAUAAAAAUGGUGUUCUUUUCUUCUUUACUAUUUCUAUGUUUAUGAUGACACUCAAUCCAUGCAUGCUUACUUUUCCAUCUUAAAAGUAGGUUUUCUUAAGAGAAGAGAAUUCUAAACUUUAUUCUGUGUUUCCUUAUUUCAUCGGUAGAUUAAUAGUUGAUUUGAUUCCAACUGUUAUCUUCCCAUUUAUAAGCUCAUGUAUAGCUUAUUGGAUGAUUGGAUUAAAUAAUGACAAUGCUGGAAAAUUCUUCUUCUUUGCAUUUACUGUAAUUAUUUAAAGUCUUUGUGGGUUAGGAAUAGGAUAUUUAGGUGGUUCUGCUUUUAGUGAUGCUAAGUUAGCUAUAGCUGUAACACCAUUAAUGAUUAUGCCUUUUAUGUUAUUCGCAGGUUUUUAUAAGAAUGCCAAAGAUUAUGCAAGCUGGAUUGGUUGGAUAUAAUAUCUUUCUCCCUUUAAAUAUGCAUUUAAUGCACUUGCUCAUAAUGAGUAUACAUACGAUGGUCCAACUUACAACCCUGAUCCUAUAGCAUUGUUAGAUUUAGAUUUGAGUAAAUGGGAAGCUAUCGCCUGUCUAGCAGGAAUAUUUGGAAUAGCAAUUAUAUUUUCUUUCAUGUUCUUAUCUUUAGUAAAGAAAAAAGUAUAAUGA